UCCAUCCAGAAGGAACGGGAGACGGAGAGAGGAAGAAAGAGAGGCAGGAGGGCGAGGAAGGGAGAAUUAAACCCACCGAAACCUGUCUGACACGGGGGACAGCGCCACAGAAACACCGCUAGAUAUAAAAGGACGCUACCAGGGCGUGAAACCCUCGACCUUUUUUUUUCUGCCAGGACAAAACGACCACUUUCCCUGUCGUCUCGCGAGAAGCUCCAUCGAUUUUCAGCAGCCAUGGCCCAAGAGACGAACCAGAGCCCGGUGCCCAUGCUUUGUGCAACAGGCUGCGGUUUCUAUGGCAACCCGAGAACCAAUGGCAUGUGCUCCGUAUGCUAUAAGGAACACCUGACACGGCAGCAGAGCAGCGACCGCAUGAGCCCCCUCAGCCCUAUGGGCUCAGCUGCUAGUCCUACCUCAGAGGCCUCAGCCAUCCAGAGACUAGAAGCCAGUCUAGCCAAGGUUGAUGCCUCCCCUGCCUCUUCACCAGACAUGUCUAGAACUAUUCAAGGAUCUCUUCCUGUGACUCAACAAAUGACAGAGAUGAGCAUCUCGAGAGAGGACAAGCCAGAACCCCUAGAACCUGUUGUAAGCCAGCCUGCUGCUUCUAGCCCAACUCCUGUAGCUUCUUCCAGCAGUGACGAUAGCAAGGGUGACACCCCCAAACCCAAGAAGAACAGGUGUUUCAUGUGCCGCAAAAGGGUGGGCCUUACAGGAUUUGACUGUCGCUGCGGCAACCUGUUCUGUGGCAUCCACCGGUACUCCGACAAGCACAACUGUCCCUACGAUUACAAGGCCGAGGCUGCCGCCAAGAUCCGUAAAGAGAACCCUGUGGUGGUGGCCGACAAGAUCCAGAGAAUAUAGAUUUGACAGAACGGCAGCAGUGGCGGCAACGAUGACAACACCUUUGACAAAGACUGGAGUAUGAGUGUGAACCUUUUGAAAUGAGCACUGGCAUGAGAGGCUAAGUGAGAAUUGAAAGGACUUGAUUUACAAAAUUACAACCUCAAGAAAAUGACGAAAAAAGAAAAAAAUGAAAAGAUCCUGUCUGAGGGAGAUGCAUGAAUGAUCACUUUUCUCCUUUUUUGAUUAAUUCAUUAGUUUGUUUUAUCCUAUUUUCUGUGGUGUGACUUUGCCGCUCUUCAGUCCUUUUUUUUUUUUUCUUUUUUUUUCUAUAAUAUGUAUUGUCUUAUUAAGAGCAGCCCAGGCUAACUGUCCAGGAUAUGCUGUGCUUCUCUCACCCAAACCAGGCGCCAAUUUGUGCCAAACCGUUGACAACCAUUUUACUCGGACCUCGCCAUGUGUCAGACACGGGCAGGUCUUUUAAAACAUUCAGACCACACAGCGUAACAGUCCACACGAGUUGUGUCCCUCAGCCUUUGAACUUCCUGUUCUGUGCUCCGUUGGUACUGGAGUCAGUCAACGUUUGGAGAACCGUACAACUGUCCCCCACCACGCACAAGGGGCUUUGUUACCUUGUCUCUGUCUUUCCUAGCUUUACCUACCUCACAGCUGCUGUGUUAAGCUUUGUUGUCUUCCCUUUUACUUUGUUUUCAUCGGCUUUGACCCCAGCAGGACAAUGGAUCAUCUUGAUAGUCAGCCUCAGUGACCCUCUGAUCAGCAUGUCUCUGUUGAUCGGUUUGAUUGUGAAAAGGCUGUUCCAUUGUGGCUGGAGGUAUCAUGCUAGACAGGGACAAACAAAUUACUCCACGUUUCACUGAGUCUAAACAUUUUCAAUGGACACGAUGGGUGAAGGAGUUCCCCAACUGGUCUGCGCUCGUAUUGUAAUCACAGAUGCCUGGUGCAGGGCGGUGCGCCGACGUGUGGCCUGAGAGGAAAGAUGGCACCCUUGCCUGGCAGGCCUGGUCAGUGAAUUUAAGAAACAAUAUUGUAGGGGCAUGAAUGAAUGAAUGAAUGGGAUAAAUGCAUGAGUUACUCUUCAUCUGCAUUAGUGUUUCAGAAAUAUUUGGCCUCACUCACUUAGGGUUUCAGACAUUUUAUUUGCUGAGAGACAAUUAUCUGUUAUGUUUUAUUAGCUUUUUUUCUUCCAUCGAUAUUGUACUGACGUUAGCGCAUGUAUUCAGUGCAUUUGUGGAAUUAGGGUAUGUGAACCAUGAUUUUAUUUUUUGUUUUGUUUUUUAAUGCGCUAACAGAACGUUGAUGUGAGCACAGUGUGUGUGGGUGUGUUUGUUCCCCCAACCCUUUUUGUCUGUGGAGCUACCCGGUUUAUCAGCACAUGUUUACAGAACUACAGGAGCAUGCCAGAGCUAGAUUUAUGAAAAAUAAUAGAUACCAAGAUUAGAUGUAACUUCUCAUCUGUCUAACAGCUAUUGGUCUGUGUGUCUGCUAUAGAGCACUGUAGAGAAGUGUGUGUGUGUUUGUGUGUAUGUGUGCGUGCGUGCGUGCGUGUGUGCAUGUGCACAUUCCUGUGCAGAAGUGUGUUUUCAUGGCUGCCUGACACAUUGAUACCAUGUAUGUUUGUGACUUGUGUUAAUCCCCCAUUUUUCUCCCCCGUGAGGAUGUUUUUCAUUUAAAAGACAACUGUAUGUAUCCGUUUGAGUUUUUCCUUUCUGAUUCUUAGUUAUAUGCAAAUUUGUACAAAAAAUGAAAAAACAACAAACUGUGUUGAUAUUUAUGUAUUACAUAUAAUCUUGCUAUCCAGCAUUACGACAGAAUAGUAUCAUGUAAAUAAAACUGUACAGAGAGACAUUA